UUUUUUACACCUGUGACGUCGAAUAAUCGAUUCAAUACAACAAUACACCGGAAAGAAUCAAGCCAAGGCGCGGCACAUAUCAGAUCACGUCAUUCAAGUUGAUUCACGUCAUUGGCGUGUAUCAGCGUGCAUUGGUGAGCGCGGUUAGUGUUGUAACGGAUCAGAGCGGAAUUGAGUGAGAUUUUUUUUGGAAAAAUAAGGAACGCCGAGGUCUGGCGCGGAAUGCGUACGCUAGCCGCGAACGCAGACGUAGAAGUGUUCAACGAUAAUUUCGACCAAACGAAGUAUACAAGGUAGAUUGAUUGCAGCGUGGUCCAACGUUAUUCUCGCUCAAUUGGUUGAAUCAUCGGCGUAGCCGAGGAAUUUUCUCAAGGAAGAAGCAUUUUGUAGUGCAAGGCGAUGAUACGAUGACCGCUUUCAAGUGUCUUGUGUAUAUAUUCGCCAUAGUGGCAAGCUCAUUCGCAUAUACAUACUAUGAGGACGAAUGCAACAUUGCUCUUUUGGAUAGAGCUCAUAUAAAAGCAACCAGUUCCUUACCUGAAAGAGGUCCAAAGAACGCCAGGCUAGAUGGCGAAAACGCUUGGACGGCUAGCAGUUCAGAUUUCGGUCAGUAUUUAAUAGUCGACUUGGGCCAAGUGAUGAACAUCACACACAUAGCAACUCGAGGACGAUCGUCACAGAACGAGUAUGUUAAGGAGUAUCGUAUUAGUUACGGUACCAAUGGUCUUGAUUACCAGGAUUACAAGGAAGAAGAUGGCCAUGCGAAGAUGUUUAAAGGUAAUAAAGAUGGAAAUAGCUUGAAGCUUAACAAGUUUGAGAUACCAAUAAUCGCGCAAUGGAUAAGAAUAAAUCCAACGCGAUGGCAAGACAGGAUAUCGCUGAGAGUCGAACUCUACGGAUGCGACUACGUGUCUGAUAUUGCUUCCUUCAACGGAUCCUCUCUCAUACGUAUGGAUCUACUUAGAGAACCUAUCGAAACCGAUAGGCAUAGUAUACGUUUCCGUUUUAAAACCACCAACGCCGACGGUGUGCUAAUGUAUUCUCGUGGCACGCAAGGCGACUAUAUAGCCUUGCAAUUACGCGACAAUCGAAUGCUGCUCAACCUCGAUCUCGGAUCCGGCAUUAUGACGAGUCUGUCCGUUGGCAGUCUUCUGGACGACAAUAUGUGGCACGAUGUUGUAUUCUCCCGCAAUAGGAAAGAUAUUUCGUUCUCCGUCGACAGAGUGUUGAUCCGAGGUAGAGUAAAGGGACAGUUUCACCGAUUGGACUUGAAUCAACACUUUUACAUCGGCGGCGUGCCUAACAAGCAGGACGGUUUAGUGGUGAAUCAGAAUUUCACGGGCUGCAUAGAAAACUUUUAUCUCAACACGACGAAUAUAAUUCACGAACUGAAGGAGUCGGAGAUCGUGGGUGAAAAUUUGAAGUAUUUCAAGGCUCAUACGUACUACGGCUGUCCGGAACCUCUAAUAAUACCCGUCACGUUUCUGACUCCCGGAUCCUACGCUAGGUUGAAAGGGUACGAGGGCGUGCCGUCUCUCAACAUCUCUCUCGCGUUCCGAACGUACGAGGAGCGAGGAAUAAUUAUUUACCAUCAAUUCCGGAGUCCGGGCUACGUCAAGCUGUUCCUGGAAGAAGGUAAAUUGAAGGUCGACAUAAAAACAGCGGAUAACCCAGCUGUGAUUCUGGACAACUUUUACGAAAAGUUCAACGAUGGAAAGUGGCAUCAGGUGAUUUUGACGAUUGCGACAAAUUCUCUCGUCUUGAAUGUCGACGGCAGGCCGAUGAAAACGGAGCGCAAGCUGUCAAUGUCGACUGGAUCAUUUUACAUGAUCGGCGGUAUGACCGGAGAGGGAAGCAACUACGGGUUCGUCGGCUGCAUGAGAAUGAUAAGUGUCGACGGCAAUUAUAAAUUACCUACCGACUGGAAGGAAGAGGAGUAUUGCUGCAAGAACGAGAUUGUGUUCGACACUUGUCGAAUGGCGGACCGUUGCAAUCCAAAUCCUUGCAAGCACAAUGGUGUCUGCUAUCAAAACUCUGAUGAAUUCUUCUGCGAGUGUGCCAAUACCGGAUACGCGGGCGCAGUUUGUCACACCUCACUAAAUCCUCUCUCGUGCGAGGCCUACAAGAAUAUGAAUCCGGUAAAUCAGAAAGCGGAGAUCACGGUCGACGUCGACGGCAGCGGGCCGCUAAAGCCGUUCCCCGUCACUUGCGAAUUCUUCACCGAUGACCGCGUGAUGACGGUUUUACAUCACAGCAAUGAACAAGUCACUCCCGUCGAUGGUUUCGAGGAGCCUGGUAGCUUCAUACAGGAAAUUAAUUACGACGCUGAUUUCGAUCAAAUUGAGGCUCUACUAAACCGAUCUAUAAGCUGCAGGCAGAGGAUAAAUUACGCGUGCAAGCAUUCCAAAUUAUUUAACUCGCCAGUUUCUCAAGGAGAUCAUUUCAGACCAAACUCGUGGUGGGUGAGUCGCAACAAUCAGAAGAUGGAUUAUUGGGGCGGCGCGUUGCCCGGGUCGCGAAAAUGCGAAUGUGGUAUAUACGCAAAUUGCGGGGACCCCACCAAGUGGUGCAACUGCGAUUCCGGCUUGGAGGGAUGGUUGGAAGACGGCGGGGAUAUCACGGAGAAGGAGCAUCUCCCCGUGAAACAAUUGCGUUUCGGUGACACGGGUACGCCGCUCGACGACAAGGAGGGUCGUUAUACGUUAGGUCCGCUCAUUUGCGAAGGCGACGAUUUGUUCAAGAACAUGGUCACAUUCCGUAUAGCCGAUUCCACCAUAAAUCUACCGACGUUUGACAUCGGCCACAGCGGUGAUAUUUACUUCGAGUUCAAAACCACUACUUUGGACGCCGUGAUAAUUCACAGCAAGGGUCCCAACGAUUACAUCAAGGUCUCCAUAACCACCGGAAAUCAAUUAACCUUCCAGUAUGUGGCCGGUGGAGGACCGCUCACCGUUACCGUGCAGACGUCCUACAAUUUGGCUGAUAACAAGUGGCACUCCGUGUCGGUGGAAAGAAAUCGCAAGGAGGCGCGCAUCGUCAUCGACGGGGCGCUGAAGAACGAAGUGCGAGAACCUCCGGGCCCUGUGCGAGCGAUUCAUCUCACCUCCGAUUUCGUGGUGGGCGCCACGACUGAUUACAGGGACGGAUUUGUCGGUUGCAUAAGAGCGCUGCUUCUCAACGGGCAAUUGCAAGAUUUAAGAAGUUACGCCCGACGCGGAUUGUACGGCAUCACAGAAGAUUGCGUCGGCAGGUGCGAAAGUAGUCCUUGCCUUAAUAACGGCACGUGCCACGAGAGAUACGACGGAUACUGGUGCGACUGUCGAUGGACCGCGUUCAAAGGACCGAUUUGUGCAGAUGAAAUUGGUGUGACUAUGCGAUCCAGCUCAAUGAUAAAGUACGACUUCAUGGGCACCUGGCGUUCCACUAUUUCUGAAAAUAUACGCAUUGGUUUUACAACGACGAACCCGAGAGGGUUUUUGAUGGGCCUAUUUUCCAAUAUCUCGGGAGAGUAUAUGGUUAUAAUGAUUUCAAACAGCGGCAGCUUACGCGUGGUAUUCGAUUUCGGCUUCGAGCGGCAGGAUGUAGUGUAUGGCGGCCAAGAGACUAAUAAUCUCGGCACGGGACAAUAUCACGACAUCAAAAUCAGUAGAAGGAACUCCGGCUCCACUCUGGUGAUACAGGUCGAUGAUUACGAGGAGCAAACUGUUCAUUAUGACAUAAAGCAUUCCGCGGACGCGCAAUUCAACAAUAUCCAAUACAUGUACAUCGGCAGGAACGAAACUAUGUCGGCGGGAUUCGUGGGUUGCAUAUCGCGAAUCGAAUUCGACGAUAUAUACCCGCUGAAGUUACUCUUCCAAGAGAACGGACCCGGUAACGUGCGCUCGAUCGGUUCUACCGUGACCGAAGACUAUUGCGGCAUCGAACCGAUCACGCAUCCGCCUGAUAUCGUGGAGACGCGACCGCCGCCGGAAUUGGACGAAGAAAAACUCAGAGCCGCGUACAAUGAGACUGACACGGCCAUUUUGGGCAGUGUACUAGCAAUUCUUCUGAUCGCGGUUGUGAUCAUGAUUAUUCUUAUAGGUAGAUAUAUGUCUAGACAUAAAGGAGAGUAUUUAACGCAAGAAGACAAGGGUGCUGAGAUAGCCUUAGACCCGGACUCAGCGGUUGUAAACUCCGCCACUGGUCAUCAAGUUCAGAAAAAGAAAGAGUGGUUUAUCUGAAACGUCGAAAUGUAAGCGAGAAAAGUAAUACGUACAUUUUAAUUUAAUCUAAAAUACUAUAAACAUCUUUGUAAGAGUAAAAAUAUCUCUUUUGCCCCCGUUCAACUAUUAUUUUUCUUUCUUGCGUUAGAUAAUGUUAACGAUCAGAAGCUGUUAUUUUAUAUUUUUUAACGUGAUUAGUCUCGCAAUAUUUGGCCACCGAAAUCUCUUACAAAUUUCUUUAAAUAUGAUUAUAACGAAUGAUUUCCUUCAGUUUUGUGAUACGGUCAUAUUUAUCGUGUGCCAAUGAGAAAAAAAUUUAAAUAGUUACGGCACAAUUAACAUGGUGGUAAAUUAUAUAUAAAUUUUUAUAAUCGGGUAUAAAAGAGUUUUAUGUAAUAUAAAUAGAGAUUACCAUGUACAAAGCCAUUUUAACUAUCAAAGCUAUCUUACUGGCAAAUAAAUUACUUACGUUUCUGUUUUUAUUCUUUCUGUUUUAUAACGAUUCACAGUAUUAGUUGUAACGUUCACCGUCCAAAGUGCAUUUUAAACUUCUUUUAGAUUUAUUUUUUAUUUUUACUUGUUUAUGAUUAUAUUUUACAGAUGUUUACUUUUUUACGUGUAGAUCUGUAACGUCACCGUAGUAAUUUAAUAUUAAUAUAAUAUUAAGAACGAUAAUUGUAAUGAUAACAGUAACAAGAAAUGAUAAUAAUAUAACAAUAAUGAUAAUAAUUACUAUAUACUACAAGCAUGUAAUACACCAUGAAAGUGUACAUAAGUCAUUUUUAUACGAAUAGCACAUUCGUUAUUUCUUACUAUUAAAUCAAUAUCUUGUACAACGAUUUCUAAACAACCAUGAAAACAAAGAUGCAUGUCGCGCUUUCGAAUGAACAAAUUGCUAAAAUGAUACUCAGGCUUGAAGAGAACGAUAAUAAUCUCAAUGAAUCUCAAUAUAUAUCUUUUUUUAUAUAAAGAACAAAAUUGAAUUAAAUAAAUCAUCUAUGAACUUCUA